ACUAUUGGACUGUAAAACUUAAAAUUCAGGCACAUUUGUAUUUCAAAAUUCAGGUUUCGGCCCUUGCAAAAAGUAAUGUUUCCAUUUAACAAAAGGAGCAUACAAAUAUUAAAAUAUAUAUACCCACGAUGUCCAGUAAACUCUAAAUUUUCCCAGCGUUUUAUGUCCAAGUCUGGAGAUAAAAAAUCUUCUGGAACAGGAAAUAAAGAAACAACGAGUAAGGAGGGUAAAGAUGCCAAAUCGUCUGAACCAGCUAAAAAAGAUACAACCCCUAAAGAAAAUAAUGUGAUUAAAGACACCAAGCCAAAGGAUGAGACUGCUAUAAAAGGCGGGACCAAAUGCAAGCCGACUAUAAACCCUGUUAAACCAAUGGAUAAAAGUAAAAAAAAACUACAAACAUGUGAUGAAUUGUUACUGGGCAAACCCAAGAAAAAGAAGGCAAAACUAGCUUUAACUGCAAUUCAAGGAGGAGACUUGGGAUGCCCAGCCGUAACCGAAAAAAAACCACCAAUCACUGGACAUUCCAAGCUAUGGCAAAAGAUCUCAUUAUUCGGAGUCCUACCCCUAAUAGCCAUUUUAACUCUCUUAGUUUUUAGUUCUCGGGCCGAAGAGGAACGCCUUGAGUUUAAGAACUAUCCCCAUAUGUACAAACGAUCAAAGCCGUUUUGGUUUCGCGAUGGAAAUCGCACAGCUUUUCACAACAGCUACUUCAAUGCUUUGCCACCUGGAGGAUAUGAGGACGAAAUUGAUGAGAGCACUGUUGGACAGGACCCCGAAUCGGAAAAGGAUAAAAAAGCUCGCCUAAAGGAAUUCGAAAAAGUCGUCAAAAAUUGGCGCAAACAUUCGUCUAAAAGAGACAACCAGCUUAAAAAGGAGGCUGCCGCUGCUGAAAAAGAGUCUAGAAAACAAGAAGCGCAAUAAGCACAGCGGAUUAUCGCCUUUGGACGCUGUGGCAGCACUUCAACCUCAACGAUUUCUAUGUGCAGGUCAGUACGGCGACCUCGCUAAGGGACCUGCGGCAU